AUGAGGCCCUUCGAGCUUGAAGACAUCACCUACUACUGGUCCGAGAACAACCCGAUGGUCCUCAUGCUGAACACGCAAAUGGCCACAGCCUCCUUCAUGCAGCGCCUGGUCUCGAAGGGCGGACACGCUCACAUCACGAGCAAGGGCCAAGGACAGGGCACCACACUCCCAGCAAAAGUCUGGAGCCACAUCAUCGACAUCUUGGCCGCCGACGCCGACGCCAACCCAGUCUUCAUCCUGACCCAAGCCACACUGGCCAACCCGGAAGUCGACCCCGCCGUCUCCCCCGCCGUCCUAGCCUGCAUCCCAAUACAUCCCAAACUAGCCGACCACAGCUUCGGGGCCAUGCGCUGCGCCAAGACCAUCCAGUCGUUCGAGGACGCCAUGGCCUUCCGCCAGGUGCCCCCGUUGGGCGACCCGGCGGGCGUCAACCCCAAAGUCAUCUUCUUCAUCGGCAUCGACGAGCCGCCACAGAACCUCUCCUGCUGCGCCGACAGCGGCCUGCACCUGCGCGCGGCCGUCGCGCGCCUCAAUGGCGGCAGGUGCCUUAUGGGCCACGCCAACCGCGCGCAACCCAGCACCGCGCCACAGCUCACCUGCCUGUACAGCGACAUCGACCUCCCGGACAUCAUCGCGCGCGUCGAGGGCGGCAUCUGCGGGGCGUGCGACGGCGCGCGCUUCGUCGGCGCCAGCCUGAUCAACCGCGACGCUGGCCGCAAGCGCAAGCGCACCUGUCACGACAGCAACGGCGACGACCACCCUGACAGGAAGCGCGCCAGGAGCCUGACGCUGCUCGAAGCCGCCGGCGUGCUGCUGGCGUGCCCCGUGUGCCUCGGCACCAAGACGUGCGAGGACCACCGCGCGUACUUUGACAGCCGCGCUGCUUCGUCCGCCGCCGCCGGCAGCGACAACACCUUGCGCUCCCGCCUGGUAUUCAUCCCCGAAGACAGCGCCGACGUGUACGACGACCUGCGCGAGCGGCUGGACGAGCUGGGGUACGCCGACGUGCCUGUCUCCACCGCCGCGCUGGUGUCUUAUUGGGGCGGCGCCGGGUGGGAUUUGGAGCAGGUUAAUGCGCGCCGGGGAUACUUUAUGCCGUGA